AUGAUUUGUGAAUGGAACCAUCCAACCAACCAGAAUUAGUUUCCUUCAAGAUAAAGCAACCUCUCUAUCCUUGUUGGCAUUCCAACCCAAACCCAAUUCACUUUUUCAACCUUUUAUCAUCAAACUGUCUUUAUUAUAGAUUCAUUCAUUCAAUCAUCCAAUACAAACAAACCUUACCAUUGCCACCUUGCUUAUUUAUCUUAUGAUGAAACAUACAACAUUAACAUUUUAUUUCUUCAUUAUUAUUAUUGGAAGUUUGAACCAUUUUUUUUGACCCUCUUUCUUUCUUCCCACCAAACUCACUCACUCAAUCAAAUCUUUUCCAAUUUUCAACUUUAUCCAUUUGCCUCGUUUCUACCAAUUUCAUCCUUAAUUUUAAUUUUAAUUUAAUCAUUAUUUUCCUCAACACAUAUAGAUAAGGUACAUCCAAAAAAAAAAAAACAUUCACAAUUUUAAACAUAAACAUAUUACUCUGUUUCAACUUUCAACCGAUUUUGUAACAUGAUGAGAAGAAGACAGCAUCAUGAAGAUGAACAAUCAAAAGCUUUCUACGAACUAUCAGCAAUUGUUCUUAAUCUUCUCCGUUCACCACCAACACCGUUAAAUUUCUCCGAUCAUCAAACGGGACCGCCUAUACGGCGUUUACCUCCUCCUCAAAUCUCGCCGGCGGGAUUCGCUUCUCUGCUUCUUGGAAUUUCGGUGGCUCUGAUGCUAUGUGGAUCGGUCACGUUCUUUAUUGGGUUCGUUUUGAUGCCGUGGGUUUUAGGAUUGAUUAUGAUUCUUUAUGUCGCUGGAAUUGUUACCACUAUCUCCGAUUUGGGUCGUUCUAUUCUUUGCUACGUUACGGCGGCACCGGAGCCGCCACCUAAGGAUAUACCAGCGUGGAAGCUUAUGUGAAGUAUCGAAUGGAGAAUGAAAUUGAGGAUACCGGUGUUUGGGUGCGGCUUAAAUUUAAAUUUUUGUUGUUACAGCGUGGAAGCUUAUGUGAAGUAGGUGCCUAAUGCAACUUAUACAACCAAUUCUCCAGAUUAUGGAGCUUCCUUCUCUUAUCAGAUGCAAGAAUCGUGGAUAUAUAGCUUUUGUAUCAAGUUACUGAAUUUUGUGGAUAUGGAUUCUCUGUGCAUUACAAAGAGUGGAGUAAAAUUUUGAAGAACAGCGCAAGUAUCGAAGGAGUUAUUUGCACUUCCUCGCUUCCUUCUUGCAUUGCCGUUAUCAAUUGUUUUACUUAACUUUAUUACCACUUUCUACAUUAGGCUUUUUAAUUUCCUCUUGUUAAGUUCUAAACAUGUCAUUAACUGUAAAAAGAGAAGGAAAAAAUAUAUGAUUUGGCCCGAGAAUAGGGAUUGUACUGCACUGUAUUGAGAAGAAUAUUUCGAAUCGGAUGGUUGCUACAUGUAACAGGUGAAAUUAUUUAUUUGCAGAUCGUUACUGCUAUUGAAGA